AUGGAGCAGAAAGACUUCUUCGCGGAGGCCACGGAGUCACAGCGGUACAAGAUCACGGAAGUGAUAGGGAAGGGCAGCUAUGGCAUUGUGGCGAGCGAGAAGGUGGCCAUUAAGAAGAUCACAAAUGUCUUCGAUCACGUGUCGGAUGCCACCCGCAUUCUGCGAGAGAUUAAGUUACUCCGCCUGCUGAGACAUCCAGACAUUGUGGAGAUCAAACACAUCAUGCUGCCACCCUCCAUGCACGACUUCAAGGACAUAUACGUCGUGUUUGAGUUGAUGGAGACCGACCUCCAUCAGGUGAUAAAAGCCAAUGAUGAUUUGACACCAGAGCACCACCAGUUCUUCCUUUACCAAAUGCUGCGAGGUCUUAAGUACAUACAUAGCGCUAAAGUCUUUCAUCGCGACCUCAAGCCCAAGAACAUCCUGGCAAACUCGGACUGCAAGCUGAAGAUCUGCGAUUUUGGACUGGCGCGACCAGCCUUCAACGACAUGCCACAGACCGUCUUCUGGACAGACUAUGUGGCGACUCGGUGGUACCGUGCACCCGAGCUCUGCGGCUCCUUCUUCACAAAGUACACGCCUGCCAUCGACAUUUGGAGUAUUGGUUGCAUCUUUGCAGAGAUUCUCCUGGGAAAGCCCCUCUUCCCAGGCAGGAAUGUGGUUCACCAGCUGGAGCUGAUCACUGACCUGCUGGGCACUCCUGCCCAGGAAGUCAUUGCAAAGGUGCGCAAUGAGAAGGCCCGAAGAUUCUUGCUCAACAUGCGGAAGAAGCCCGGCACGUCGUUUGAGGCUUACUUCCCGAAGGCUGACAAAGGGGCUCUUAAGCUGCUCAGGCGCUUGCUGGCUUUUGAUCCCGCCGAGAGACCCACCUCAGAGGAGGCCCUGGCCGACCCAUACUUCCAUGGGUUGAGCCAGCCCAGUCGCGAGCCCAGUGCACAGCCAGUGAGCAAGCUCGCAUUCGAGUUUGAACGGCGCAAGCUGAACGUAGAUGAGGUCCGGGAUCUCAUCUACCGCGAAACGCUGGAGUACCAUCCGCAGAUGCUGGCCGACUACAUGGCAGGCGGUCGGCGCCAGCCAAACUUUGUCUACCCCUCGGCAGUGGACAACUUCAAGCGCCAGUUUGCGCACCUUGAGGCGGGGGGCCGCGGACAGGACAAGCACUUGGGUCAAGCCACAUCCCUGCCACGGGAGCGUGUCCGAGACUUCCAAUCUGAGGCCGCCAAGUACAUGAGCCGAGGUGCCCACCACAUGUCGGGUGUGGUGGGGGCGACAGCGUAUGGAGCAGCUCCUGCGUACAGCAACUCUGUGGAUAUGGAGGAUGCGAGCAAGGCCAUAGAAAUGCUGGGGAGCAGCGUGGAAAAGAUGUCGGUGAUGGAUGCUGCAAAUGGCUACCCCACCACCACCGCCUGA